AUGCGGUGGUUUGAUAAAUUUCAUUGCUUAUCUACAAAAGUUGCAUCAAACGAGGAUGAAUGGAUGUGGAGUCAAGAAGCUCAUACAGAAAGACGACAAAAUAUACUGAAAAAAUACCCCGAGAUAAAGAAAUUGAUGGGAUAUGAUUCUUGGAUAGCUUAUAUAGUAACCGUGGAAGUAUUAAUUCAGAUAUUUAUGUGUUGGGCAAUACAGGACGCUUCUUGGGGUGCCAUAGUAGUAAUGGCAUAUUGUUUUGGUGCCGUUUUAAAUCAUUCUCUGGGUAGUGCUAUACAUGAAAUCGGACAUAACUUGGCGUUUGGUCAUGGAAGACCAGUUGCAAACAGACUUCUGAGUUUAUGGUGUAAUCUGCCUGUUGCAGUGCCUUUAGCUAUAAGUUACAGGAAGUACCACGCCGAUCAUCAUCGAUUUCUCGGAGAAGAAAACAAAGAUGUCGACAUUCCUACUAGAUUAGAGAGUUUUAUGUUUCGACAUCCUAUAACUAAAAUACUAUGGCUAUUGUUUCAUCCAUUUAUUCAUGCAAUCCGUCCAUUUUAUAAAAGUCCCAAAACAGUUGGUGCCUGGGAAAUCGUGAAUUGUGUAGUGCAGAUUUCCUUUGAUCUGAUUAUCAUUUGGUUGUUCGGAUACAAAUCUUUGAUAUACCUAAUUUGCGGAACAUUGUUUGGUUUCGGACUUCAUCCUUUAGCCGGCCACUUCAUCUCCGAGCAUUAUCUCUUUACCGACAGCCUAGGUACACAUUCGUAUUAUGGACCAUUAAAUUUUAUUUUGUUUAAUGUAGGUUAUCACAUAGAGCACCACGAUUUUCCUUAUAUACCUUACCAUCGAUUACCUAAAGUCAAGGAGAUAGCCAGUGAGUUUUAUGAAGACAUUCCUUAUCACACGUCCUGGGUUAAAGUUGUGUGGUCGUUUAUUUUUGAUAAAAAUCUCGGUCCCCAUGCUAGAGCUGUUGGGUACAAGAAAGAAAAGCAAUAUUAG